GCGCCUCGUUCGCUCAGCUGCCGAGUUAGCGCUGCUUCAACUUGUUCGGUCUUGUGAUCUGCUGACUGCCUUCAGAGAAUUCGGUCGGCUUUAAACAGGACUCCUGGUUGAUUGCGGGUUUUGAGGGCCGUAUUUUGGUCUCGUUCAUAAAACAGACAGUGACCAUGUCGUUUGGAAACAUUUCGAGCAGCCAGGCGAACAAGGAGCACACCUUGGCCAUCACCAGGGACUACAUUUCGCAGCCGAGACUGACGUACAAAACCGUGUCCGGUGUGAAUGGUCCCUUGGUCAUCUUGGACGACGUCAAGUUCCCCAAGUACGCCGAAAUCGUGCAGCUGUCCCUUGCUGAUGGAACCAAGAGAUCCGGACAGGUGUUGGAGGUCAGCGGCUCCAAGGCCGUCGUCCAGGUGUUCGAAGGAACGUCUGGAAUCGACGCCAAAAACACCGAUUGCGAGUUCACGGGCGACAUCUUGAGGACCCCCGUGUCCGAGGACAUGCUGGGUCGCGUCUUCAACGGCAGCGGCAAGCCCAUCGACAAGGGACCGCCCAUCUUGGCUGAGGACUACCUCGACAUCCAGGGCCAGCCAAUCAACCCCUGGUCCCGUAUCUACCCUGAGGAAAUGAUCCAGACUGGUAUCUCGGCCAUUGACGUGAUGAACUCGAUUGCUCGUGGACAGAAAAUCCCCAUCUUCUCGGCCGCUGGUUUGCCCCACAACGAAAUCGCGGCUCAAAUCUGUCGUCAGGCCGGUUUGGUCAAACUACCCGGCAAGUCGGUGCUCGACUCGCACGAGGACAACUUUGCCAUCGUCUUUGCUGCCAUGGGUGUUAACAUGGAAACGGCUCGCUUCUUCAAACAGGACUUCGAGGAAAACGGUUCGAUGGAAAACGUGUGUCUGUUCUUGAACCUGGCCAACGACCCGACCAUCGAGCGCAUCAUCACUCCUCGUCUGGCGCUGACGGCAGCCGAGUUCCUGGCCUACCAGUGCGAGAAGCACGUGCUGGUCAUCCUGACCGACAUGAGCUCGUACGCCGAGGCGUUGCGAGAGGUGUCUGCCGCCCGCGAGGAGGUGCCCGGCCGUCGUGGUUUCCCCGGUUACAUGUACACCGAUUUGGCCACCAUCUACGAGCGUGCGGGACGAGUCGAGGGCCGCAACGGCUCCAUCACGCAGAUCCCCAUUCUGACCAUGCCCAACGACGACAUCACGCAUCCCAUUCCCGAUUUGACUGGUUACAUCACCGAGGGCCAGAUCUACGUUGACCGGCAGCUGCACAACAGGCAAAUCUACCCGCCCGUGAACGUGCUGCCGUCGCUGUCGCGUCUCAUGAAGUCCGCCAUCGGCGAGGGCAUGACCCGCAAGGACCACUCAGACGUGUCCAACCAGCUGUACGCGUGCUACGCCAUCGGCAAGGACGUGCAGGCCAUGAAGGCCGUCGUCGGUGAGGAGGCGUUGACCCCAGACGACCUGCUCUAUCUGGAGUUCCUCGGCAAAUUCGAGAAGAAUUUCAUCACCCAGGGCAGCUACGAGAACCGCACCGUCUUCGAGUCGCUCGACAUCGGCUGGCAGCUGCUGCGAAUCUUCCCCAAGGAGAUGCUCAAGCGUAUCCCGGCCAACGUGCUCGCCGAGUUCUACCCCCGCGACUCCCGCCACAACCAGAAGUAAACAAAAAAUAUACAAAAAAAAUCCCGUCACAGCAGGCAUUCCAUCAGGUCUCGCACUAGCUUUAGUCGUUCGAGUUAUCGUUGUUGUGAUAUACAAGCAAAUCAAUAUAAUUUUCUGUCCAUAGUCCAGUCGAAUUUUGCGUUUGUAAAUUCUGAUGUAUAAUCGUGUAUUAUAAAAAAAUAAUACAAUAAAAUCCACUCCGGCCUGCGUGCUGUUUGUCGGUUCUUGGGUUGUGCGCAAACGGAAAAGAUUGAUCAUUCCAUUUACUAACAUGUAUGAAUGGUUCGUGUACAAUAAUGAUCAAACGUGAUCAAAUAAUAAAUAAUUCGUUCAUAUUUUUUCGGUGCGAUUAUGUAGAUACAGAUGGAAACUACUAGUGUUUAAUUUUAGCGCCCUGACCGGUUUGAAUUAAAUAAUAUAUAUCUUAAUUCCGUUGGAACUCAUAUCAUUUAGUGACAAGCGCAAAGAUUGUUAUAUUACGAAUUCUACGCUGCUGCGUUGUUUGGAAAUUUUUGAUGUUGACCACACUUGUUAAAAUUCAGCGGCAAGAUUCAAUUCCAGUAUGUAUCAUAAUAUGAUGGAAAGUAUUGUUUUCGCAUUUACCAUGCAAUAAAGAGAAAUAUGAUGAA